AUGACCAAAAUCGAACGAGGGCUUGAAGAUUCGUUGUCUAACCUCGAACAAUUUGUUAGCGGCUUCGACAAAAACCGAGAUCAAGCGAAAAUCAGUUCGCGUCUGGAUCGGUUGGAAGGUUUAUUUAGCGAGUUUCGAACCAAGCGAGCUAAAAUAGAAUCGCGGCAAGAGCAAGACUUGGAUUUAAAGAGUGAUGCAUCCGAUCCAAAAGAGAAGCAAGUGAAACUGGACGUCGAUGCUGCGAAUAAAUCCAACCGUUUGAGUUUUGAGAAUAGGUAUUUCGACUUAAAAGACUUUCUGCUGUCACACCUAGCCAAACCGACUGCUAUAGCUGCUCCCUCUCCCGUAUCCUUGCCCUGCCAACCGUUAGCAUCUCGAAUCCACCUCCCAGUUUUCAAAAUCCCUUCUUUUGAUGGCAGUGUAAAGGAUUGGCUUAGUUUUCGUGAUGCUUUCCAGAGCAUGAUCGAUAAGGAACCGUUGCUAACCGCUUUCGACAAGUUUAAUUAUCUGUUAACCGUGCUUACUAAGGAUGCCAGGACGUUAGUAGAAUCGAUAGAGGUAACCGCCGCGAAUUACGAAGUGGCUUGGUCGAUGCUGCAGGAGCGGUUUGAAAACAAAAAGAUAAUCGCCCGCACAUUGAUUGACGGUUUUCUGGAAGCGGAACCGAUGAGAAAAGAGUCUUUCGACGCCUUAGUUCACCUCAUCGACUCUUUUGAACGCAAUUUACUUCAGUUGAAAAAGCUUGGUUUGCAACCUGAAGAAUGGUCUCAUCUUCUCGCUCAUUUGUUAUACAGACGACUUGACUCAGACACUCAGCGACAUUGGGAACGCACACACAAGAGCCGUGAGGUGCCGAGCGCAAUCGCGAUCAUCGUCAUGAAACGGUGA